AUGCAGCAUUUUAUAUGCGCAUCUUUAGAAAUACAAGAUGACGUGUACAGGUGUUAUUAUGAUUCUAUGAACAUAAUAACGCGUCUAGUAUUGAAAGUCUCAUCCUGGAAGAAUUGUCCUAGUACUGUCAUUGAACUGUGUUUAAAAGUUUACAAGCACUGCUGGAGGGUAUACUACAAGCUUCGGACGCUUUUGGCUCAGUUUUCUCCAGUUUUUCGUGUACGAAAGUGUGCGAAUACUUUCCGAAAAGUGUAUACAAUAAGUUUCCCUUUCAACGCAUACUUCUUUGUGGCCAGGAAAACAAAAGAAAUGACAAAGAAUACGCCUGUUUAUGCCGAAGAUCCUAUGGUAUCAGCUUACCCUCACGACUACGACAACAGUACCAAUUAUCAAUCAACCACCAUUGCGGAAGCAACGUCAUCGCCAAGUGUUUCACGUUCUAAGGGAUUAACGCCUUCACAUUCACCUUCUUCUUUCUCACAAACUUCACCAUCACUCAAUAGACCGAAUGGCAGUUAUUUCAGCGACGAAAAAACAACGUCUUUUAUAAACAGCAGCAAUAGCAAUCCAAUAUCCUACUCAAAUUAUAAUGAUGUUGAUGAACAAGAGGAACGCGCAUUCGAACAAGUUUUAAAAUCAGAGGAAGAACGAAAAAGCCAAUCGCCUGUCAUUGAUUAUGGUAAUAGUAGCAAUGGCUUCAAAAUAGCUACGGGGGAGAAGAACUUCAAUAGCACUAUGACCAAAUAUAAACUUCCGUAUUCACCAAAGCCAAUGAUUUCACACCAAACAUCAACUGCAGCAAAAGCAUACGACAGUGGCAUCCCUAGCAGCUAUGGACCACCAAUUCUUGACAAUGAUUUUGAAGUGCCAUACCUGUCGAUAGGAUCAGUUUUAUCACCUCAACGCCAAGGUGAGAGUAGUAUCCGUUUGACAAGACCGAUCAUAUCAGGCCAUGCGAACGGUCUCAGUACAUCAGUAACGAUGAACAAUGAUAGUUCACCGAAUAACAGUCUCAAAAGAAGAUCUACUACUGCUUUUGAUGCUAAGACAGGCGAUGGCUCCAGCAACAAAACUGUUACAACGCCUUUGAAAAUAACCAAGACUGAAUAUAAUGCUACACAAUUUUCAGCAAUCAAAUCUCUUAGCCAAGAUCAUUUUAAACAGGACAAUACUUGUAAUAAUAAUAUACCCAAGCAUCAGUAUACCAAUGCUAUUGGCAGAACCCUUUCCGAAACUACUAAUGUUCAUCAGUCAUAUAUUUCCUCUUCAAUCUAUGCACGCCCUUUUCGACAUUAUGUUGCUGCACAUUGUGCAAAAAGAAAACAAGUAUCUGCUGACGACAACAUUAGUAAUUGUGGCGAGCAAAUAGAGCGAACACGAUCUCUCCCAAUGAAUAAAGUCGUAGAUCGAUACCAGCAUUCCCCUAUGAAUAGUGCAGCUACCGUUUCUUUUACUGCUAGCAGCAAAGGUCCUAAUGAUGGAUUUACUUUAAAAAAUUGGCAUAGAUUGACAGAACAUUAUAUUCAAGAAAAUCGUGAUUAUAUUGAAGCUGGAAUUAAAUACUAUAACGAACUUACAACUGCUAAAGAAAAGCCUAAAUGGUCAAAGGAUAUACUUAUUUGGAGAUGUCAAUGUUUGGACACCUGGUCUAGGGUCAGAGGCGGCUAUCUUCCCUAUUUACCCAGUAGUGAACAGUUGGAUAAUCCUUAG